AAAAAAAAUAAAUAAAUAAAAUAAUAAUGAUUAAGUCGCAUGGUCAAUUAUUAUGGCAGGGCUUUCAAAAGAGAGUCAUAUCGAAGGUUAUUACUGAUAGAAUUGAACCCGCUCGACCUAUUAGAGGAACACGCGACCGUUUUGGAAGCGAAAAUAUAAAAUAUAGUCAUAUCUUGAAAAUUGCGUCGUCCAUUGCGGAAUUAUAUUGUUAUGAUCAUGUUUCCACUCCAAUAUUAGAAUUGUCUCAAGUUUUUGAACGAACUUUAGGAGAAGAUUCUGAUAUAAUUGGAAAAGAAUUGUAUAGUUUUGUUGAUAAGGGAGACGACAAGUUAACUUUGAGACCAGAAGGAACUGCUGGUAUUGUUAGAGCAUUAAUUAGCAAUAAUCUAAUUUAUGAUCUCCCACAAAAAUUUUAUUAUUAUGGACCUAUGUUUCGUCAUGAAAGACCCCAAAAAGGGAGGUUAAGGCAGUUUGAACAAUUUGGUGUUGAAUUGUUUGGUCAUGAACAUCCAACCUCUGAUAUUGAAGUAAUUGACAUGGCUUGGACAUUUUUAAAUAAGAUUGGACUUGGUGAUUCUAUUGAACUUGAAAUCAAUUCCUUGGGCGACAGUGAAUCUCGAACAAAAUAUCGAGAUGUUGUAAGAGAAUAUUUGCGUAAAAAUGAACACCAUCUUUCAGAGGAUAGCGCAAAAAGGAUUUCAACGAAUCCUUUACGUGUUUUGGAUUCAAAAAAUCCAAAAGAUGCUCCAGUUAUUCAAGACUGUCCAACAAUUACUGAAUAUUAUAAUUCAACAUCUGCCAAGAGAUUUGAUGAUGUUUGUCAAGGACUUCAAGAUUUAAAUAUAUUAUAUAAAAUUAAUCCCCGUUUAGUUAGGGGAUUAGAUUAUUAUGAUAAUACAAUAUUUGAAUUCAAGUGUUUGAACCCUAAUCUUGGGACCGCUCAAGGAACUGUAUUAGCAGGUGGUAGGUAUGAUGGCCUCGUUCAAAUCAUGGGCGGAAAAGAAAAAGUUCCUGGAAUUGGUUGGGCUGCUGGAAUUGAUAGACUAGCAAUGAUAUUAAAUGAUAACUUUAUACCGUCGAGAAAAAGACCAAUGGCAAUUAUAAUAAUACCGGAUCGUGAAAAGUCUGAAAAUCUUUCAACAGAAACUGAGCCUAUUAUUUCCUCAAAGAAUAAUAAGCUUUAUUAUUAUGGGCUUAACCUCUCCAAAUUCUUACGUGAUAAAGAUAUACCGACAUUAUUUUAUCAUUCUUCGCACCAAUCAUCAUUGAAAAAUAUAUUAAGUAAUACCGUAAAGACAAAUGCUUCACAUGUAAUAUUUGUAGGUGAAAAUGAAAUUGCGAAAGGUGAAGUAACAAUAAAGGAUUUGGAUAAUAAAAUUCAAAAAGGAUGUAAAAUUGAAAAUAUUCUGCAAUAUAUUAAAAUCUGAAAUUUUUAACUUCAAAAAAAUAAAAAAAUGUUAUAUUUACUAAGUUAUUUAAUAAAUUAAAGUUUUUUUUCUUAAUUGAUGUUUAAUAUAUAACACAGAAAAGCAUAAAAAUUUUUAUAAAUACAAUUGUUGUACUCGUUAAUUAUUUGUUCAACAAUUUUUUUUUUUUUUUUU